AACUAGAGAGCUUGAGUAGCGAGACUCGUAGCGAGUGCGCGAGCCUGAGGGACGGUUCGAAGAGCUUGGUUCCGCAAUCGCCCUGUACAGCCCAGGCUGCCAGAGUGGCUGACCUUCCAUAAGGAUGGCCAAGCAACCGCCUGCCCAAUUUACCAAUCCAGAAACUCCUGGCUAUGUUGGAUUUGCAAACCUUCCCAACCAGGUUCAUCGGAAGUCUGUGAAAAAGGGCUUUGAGUUCACUCUCAUGGUGGUUGGUGAAUCUGGAUUGGGAAAAUCUACACUAAUAAACAGCCUGUUCUUGACAGAUCUCUACCCAGAAAGGAUAAUCCCAGGAGCAGCCGAAAAAAUUGAAAGGACUGUGCAGAUCGAAGCUUCAACAGUUGAAAUCGAGGAAAGGGGUGUUAAGCUCCGUUUGACAGUUGUAGAUACACCAGGAUAUGGUGAUGCCAUCAAUUGUCGGGACUGUUUUAAGACCAUCAUUUCUUAUAUUGAUGAGCAAUUUGAGCGGUAUCUGCAUGAUGAGAGUGGCUUGAACAGGCGGCAUAUUGUAGAUAACCGGGUACACUGUUGUUUCUACUUCAUUUCACCAUUUGGUCAUGGUCUUAAACCUUUGGAUGUUGAGUUUAUGAAGGCCAUACACAACAAAGUGAAUAUUGUACCUGUAAUUGCAAAAGCUGAUACACUUACUCUGAAGGAACGGGAAAGGCUGAAGAAAAGGAUUCUGGAUGAAAUUGAACAACAUGGCAUCAAGAUUUAUCACCUGCCUGAUGCAGAAUCAGAUGAGGAUGAAGAUUUUAAAGAACAGACCAAGCUCCUGAAGGUCAGUAUCCCAUUUUGUGUAGUGGGAUCCAAUCAGUUGAUUGAAGCCAAAGGUAAAAAAGUUAGAGGUCGUCUCUACCCAUGGGGUGUAGUUGAAGUGGAGAACCCAGAACACAAUGACUUCCUGAAGCUGAGAACCAUGCUAAUUACCCAUAUGCAGGAUCUUCAGGAGGUGACCCAGGACCUUCACUAUGAAAACUUCCGCUCUGAGAGACUUAAAAGAGGCGGCAGGAAAAUUGAAGAUGAGGAAGUGAAUAAAGAUCAGAUUUUGCAGGAAAAAGAAGCUGAACUUCGUCGCAUGCAAGAGAUGAUUGCGAGAAUGCAGGCUCAGAUGCAAAUACAGAUGCAAGGUGGUGAGGGAGACAGCAGUGCAGUUCAUGGACACCAUGUAUAAAUUGAUGACUUCAUAUGCAGAUUAAGAGGAAACAUUCCAGUGUUGGGAUGCAAUAGUCUCUCUCACUGGGAAGGAUAUCUUUUACCUCGCUUGUGACUUGGAAGUCACGUUAGUAUGUUAUGUGCAAAUGCAUGGUAAUUUUUGUAAUAUGUACUUUGUAACAGAUUGUAUUCA